AUGUCUAUGUUACAAGAGGAAGAUGACAGUGACGACGUCAUAAUUAAUGGACAGAUUCUAGUGUUGACCUCUUAUCCGUGGAAAGCGUGUGAAACGAUGUAGCUAGUUAACUUUUAUACGUCUAAUUUGUUACAACAUACAAAUUUCAAGUCAAAUUUACAUUUACGUUUUACAGGACGACCAUCAUGCUUCGCUUGUCUAUUAUUGUUGCCUGUAGACAACUUGGCAAACGGUGCAUUUCCUCACUUACUGGAGAAAGUGCGCUCCCCGCCAACCUCCGCAUCCCAUCGAAUCUCAUUGAACUCCCCCGAACAAAACGGUCUUUGUCACCUGGCUGCGAGCUCCCAGUGCUUCGCAGGUGUGAGGCGGAGAUUCCCGUUCAUCUCAGUGCCAAACAAACAUGGCUGGAAUCCUUGAGAAGUCGGGAAGACGAUGAGCUUGGCUUAGUCGAGCUGCACCCUGACGUCUUCUCGGUGCCACCUAGGGUCGACAUCCUUCAUCAAGUAGAAGUCUGGCAAAGGAACUUCAAGCGAAUUAGCCACGCGAAGGUGAAGAGCCGGGCGGAGGUGCGUGGGGGGGGCAAGAAGCCCUGGAACCAGAAAGGCGGGGGCCGGGCGCGGCACGGCAGCAUCCGCUCCCCGAUAUGGAGAGGAGGGGGUGUGUCUCAUGGGCCUCGAGGACCAACCAGUUACUACUACAUGAUGCCCAUGAAGCUGCGUGUGCUGGGGUUAAAGGUCGCGCUCAGUUCUAAACUGGCUCAGGAUGAUCUUCACAUUCUGGACUCUCUGGAGCUGCCCACUCCCGAUCCACAGUACCUCCAGGAUCUGGCUCGGUACAGAAACUGGGGCGAGUCCAUCUUGAUUGUAGAUGUAAAUGAACUCCCUGAAAACAUCCUUCAAGCCACGGCCAGUCUGAAAACUGUGAAUGUUAUUCCAGCGUUAGGCCUGAAUGUCCACAGCAUGCUGAAACAUGAAACUCUGGUCCUGACCCUGGAAACGGUCAACUUUCUGGAGAAGAAGCUCCUUUGGCACGACUCUCGAUUCACGCCCCUCUACCCGUUUAAACUCCCCUACAGUGACUAUCCCUGAACACUUCCCAGCUGGACUGAGAACGCCCCACAAUCCAACUGUCAGUUUGCCAGUGGCUAUGUUCCAAAGGAAAUUAGCUUAAAUAUAAUUUCAUGUUAUUAAACCUACACUUAAAAAAACCA